CCCCUUUUCUAAGGCGCGGGAGAACGGUCUCCACCGCCCGGGAGCGGCGGAUUGCAGGGCGAGGGCCGAGAUUUAUACAUUAAGAGUCCUGGGGGCACCAGGCUCCGCCCCUUUUCUUUUUUCGUUUUUUUUGGUUGCCUGUGGGGAAGGAGGGGUUCUUCUUGUGAGUGUGUGUUUCUGCCCCAGAUCUUUCCUGGACAGUGAGUCUCAGCAGCACUGAUUCUGAGGUCCCCAGCCGCGGGCGGAGGGCGUGGGGGGUUGAGGCACUCACUCCUCCCUGUCUCUUCCUAAAGAAGCCACUCAGCCUCAGCGGGGCGCUCGGCGACUUCAGCUGACCGGUCGGCCGGGCCGCGGCGAGCGCGCUGGCCAUUGGAGUGCGCGGCUGCGGAGGGAGGGGACCCCGACUCGAGUAAGUUGAGAACGCGGCGCGCUCAGUCGGGGGCAGCAGCAAGAUGCCGAGAGCGCCGUGCAGACCCGGAGCUCCCCGAACGCAGCUUCGUCCAGCCUGAGCCAGGCUGCGGUUUCUGAGGCCCUCUCCAGACACGGAAAAGCUGCACAAAAAAGCCUGGAUCUCUCUCGCUCAACCACCCCUGCUGCCAGUGAAGGCUCUCUCCGCCUCGCCCUCUAGCGUUCAUCUGGAGAAGUACCGCCCCGGGCUCCUGGGGACAGCGCGCAUCAUGGGGUCCACCAACAUCCCGCUGGUCAAGGCCCUCCGCAGCUCUGUCUCCGACUAUGUCAACUACGACAUCAUCGUCCGGCAUUAUAACUACACGGGAAAGCUGAAUAUCGGCGCGGACAAGGAAAACGGCAUUAAACUGAUCUCAGUGGUGUUCAUUCUCAUCUGCUGCUUUAUCAUCCUAGAGAACAUCUUUGUCUUGCUGACCAUUUGGAAAACCAAGAAGUUCCACCGACCCAUGUACUAUUUUAUUGGCAACCUCGCCCUCUCAGACCUGUUGGCAGGAGUGGCCUACACAGCCAACCUGCUUUUGUCUGGGGCCACCACCUACAAGCUAACCCCCGCCCAGUGGUUUCUGCGGGAAGGGAGUAUGUUUGUGGCCCUGUCUGCCUCCGUGUUCAGCCUCCUGGCCAUCGCCAUUGAGCGCUAUAUCACCAUGCUGAAGAUGAAACUCCACAAUGGGAGCAACAGGUUCCGCUCCUUCCUGCUCAUCAGCGCCUGCUGGGUUAUCUCCCUCAUCCUGGGGGGCCUGCCCAUCAUGGGCUGGAACUGCAUCAGCGCGCUGCCCAGCUGCUCCACAGUGCUGCCGCUCUACCACAAGCACUAUAUCCUCUUCUGCACCACGGUCUUCACUCUGCUCCUGCUCUCCAUCGUCAUCCUGUACUGCAGGAUCUACUCGUUGGUCAGGACUCGGAGCCGCCGUCUGACUUUCCGCAAGAACAUCUCGAAGGCCAGCCGCAGCUCUGAGAAGUCGCUGGCGCUGCUCAAGACCGUGAUUAUCGUCCUGGGCGUCUUCAUCGCCUGCUGGGCGCCACUCUUCAUCCUGCUUCUGCUGGACGUGGGAUGCAAGGUGAAGACCUGCGACAUCCUCUUCAGAACGGAGUACUUCCUGGUGUUGGCUGUGCUCAACUCUGGCACCAACCCCAUCAUUUACACUUUGUCCAACAAGGAGAUGCGUCGGGCCUUCGUCCGGAUCAUGUCCUGCUGCAAGUGCCCCAGCGGAGACUCCACCGGCAAAUUCACACGACCCAUCAUCGCCGGCAUGGAAUUCAGCCGCAGUAAGUCAGACAACUCCUCCCACCCUCAGAAGGAUGAUGGGGAUAACCCAGAGACCAUUAUGUCUUCGGGAAACGUCAACUCUUCUUCCUAAAAGUGAAAACUGCUGACCCAUGGGGAGCUUGCAUGGUUGCCCACCACCCCAGUGUUUGGAAAAAAAAAAACCAACUCUGUGCCUCCGCUGCUGCCAGGCAGGAGCUGUCUCAAGCCAGAGGGAGGGAGGGGGAGCGUAAGAACAGCCUGGUGGUGCCUGGUGUUGGUGGGUAGACUUAGUUCCUGUGAACAAUGCACUGGGAAGGGUGGAGAUCAGGUCCUCGCCUGGAAUCUAUUUCCUCCCCUCGCUGGAGCUUUGAUUUUGCACUGAGCCAAAGGUCUAGCAUUGUCAAGCUCCUGAAGGGUUCAUCUGGCCCCUCCUCAAAGACUAAUGUCCCGGUGUGAAAGCGUCUCUGUAGGGAGCUUUGAGGAGAUGUUUUCUUUCACUUUAGUUUCCAGCCCAAGUGAGUGUGUGCACUUCUGCUUUGCUAGGUAUGCUCUGCAUAUCCUACCCUCCCUUCCCCUUCACACCCCUCCUCAGAAUUCCUUUACUUUAUAUUUUAACUACCUGGCAUCCAGAGUUGGGAGUGUGGCACGGUCCAUUUCUUGAUGAUGUGUAGCAGGUAGGCUGUGUCCAGCAGGUAAGACUGUGGUGGAGAUGGUUUGGAGAUGUAAAGCAAUUUCACUUGCUGAAGCCAAAGUUUCCACGUAAGCUGGAUGAGUGUUUUUGAUUUUAGUUGCAGUCACUUUAAAAAAAAAAUCUUUGCAAUGAAAUGUAUUACAGUAUCAUAUCCAUCAUGGCUGAAAUCUGCAUAAGGAAGUCCAAUUUAUUUAAAUGACAUCAGCCAGGAUCCUUAGUGUCAUAGAAGAAACAAACAAGCAAAACAAGGUGAAAACUGACUGGGGGGUGACUUUGUAAACCAAGAAAGAUUUCUUAACGAAUUUGUCUAACAAAUACAGCAUCUGUCUUUGGCACUUUUGUUGAUGUUUCUUUCAGAGUGUUGUGUGAAUCAUUUCAACCAACAGGAUGGCUGUAUUUUGUUGUGUUAAAAGUACUUUUUAAAUAAUUUUUGAAUGUAUUUGUUUCAACAUUUUAUUGGAUUUUCCUAACCUGUGUUAACACCAUUGAAUGUGUAUUUCUUCAGAAAAUACCAUCCUCUUGUGCCCUUAAAGCAUUACUUUAACUGAUAGGGAACAUAAGAAGUUUUUCAGUACAUUAAGUAGUUAAUUGAAGAUGUGUAUAAAUGUCACAAAGAAUAAAAAUAUAUUGGUGUCUGUUUAGUGUGGUUUCCAGUGCAAUUAAACUGAGAAAUGUCUUUUUUUAAAAAAAAUAGUAUUUAAUAGGUUUCUGACAAUGUGGAUCAUUUUGC